AUGCCCGCCGAUUUACAAACUAAAAUUUCCAAUUUUUUGAUGAGCGAAGAAGAAAGUCUUAUAACCACUACUUCGGUUAUUUACCAAGGAAUAGAAGAGGAGCCUUGGAUUUCGGAAGAUGAGUUACGAUCUAUUGUAGACCAAGCAGUACGGAUUGCUAGCAAUUUUUGCGAGGAUGGUUCUUUACGCCAGUCAAAACUUCUUCGAAUACUUCCAGAGACAGAUGCUGAAACCAGCUUUGGAAUUGCUUUUGAAGGAGUUUGUAGUUUACGAGAUCUCGGAGUUGUUAAAAUAAAUAAAGAGAAACCACUCAACUUGGAUCAGAUUAAGGAUAAUAUAGAAAAACUAAAAGGCAAACUUAAUAGAGAUUCGAGCUCCCUCUAUAAACGUUUAUAUUCCGACGUGGUUAAGAAACCUGUUGAAGAAUUAUCCUGGAAGGAUCCUUUGGCAAGCCAAGUUAUUAGCGAUGAAUCAGAUAUAGUGAAGAAUCUUCCUAGGGAUAUCAAAAAAGGAUUUAAUAAAAUUUCUCGCAAUAUGGUACCAGCUCAAAGGCCAAUAGUUCAGGAGCUAUGUAGAGAGUUUAUAGAAGAUUUUAGGUGUGAUGAGAAAUUAAAGCCUAAAUGGACGCAUAAUAAAUCUUGGAAAGAGUCCGAAGAAACUACUUCAUGUGUUGUUAAAGAAAUUUUGAGCAUUCUAAAAAAUAUUUGGAAUAACCCGGCAUUCAAGCCUGAAGUCGCAAAAACAUUAAAUGAAGGAACGUAUCAAUCAACCGUGAUUGUACCGUUAAUCCAAGUUGUCUUAAAAAAUCUUCCCGUAGGAGAUUCAUUUUUUAUCAGUACAUCAGAAAAACAAAGUAUUGCUAGCGCAAAUCGAAAAGGGGAGGGGGUAAAUGAUGGCCUUUAUUGGGUACGCCAAAGCCUCAAUCCGGAUAAAGAACAGUUUGGUAUUGUAGGUGUUCAAGUAGCUGGGAAUAUAUUUCACUUGAAUGUUCUUGUUCGAGAUAAAGUUAAUGUACAUAGAUACUAUCAUCUCCAACCCGUUGAAAUUCCUGUACAAUUUUCAGCUGAAGGAGUUGUAUCUAGAUUUAUAGAAACUUUAUUAGUUUUACGCAAUAUUUUAAUUACUAACUUAUCUUUAUUAUAUCAUGCACCGGUAUCUACAUCAGAGCGGCAAAAAGAAGACUUUUCAACU